GGAGAGAGGCGGGACGGUGGCCGAGGAGGGUCAGGGGGCGGUGGCCUAGGGUCAGAGGCCGGAGCUACGGGAGCCGAAAGGGAUGCUGAGGCGGGUGGCGGUGGCGGCCCUGGGCCCUCGCAGGCCGCGGGGCGCGGCGGUGGCAGCAGCAGCAGCAGCAGCAGCAGCGGGUCGCCGCCACGGCGGCGGGGCGGCCAGCCCGGACGGCGGCCCCCGCAGCGCCCGCGCCCCGAAGAUCUACACGAGAACGGGAGACGGAGGCUUUUCCAGCACUUUCACCGGAGAGAGGAGGCCGAAGGACGACCGGAUCUUUGAAGCCCUGGGAACCACGGACGAGCUGAGCUCGGCUAUCGGGCUUGCUAGUGAAUUUGGCAGUGAAAAGGGCCACGCGUUUGUUGAACAGCUUCACAAAGUCCAGUGUAUGCUGCAGGAUGUGGGCUCCAACAUCGCAACGCCGCUCUCCUUAGCCCGGGAGGCUCACUUAAAACGAACGUCUUUUAGCGAGAAGCCGGUUCUGGAGCUGGAACAGUGGAUUGACAAAUACUCAGAGCAGCUUCCCCCACUCAGAGCUUUCAUACUGCCCUCAGGAGGUAAAAGCAGUGCUGCUCUCCAUUUUUCCCGAGCUGUCUGCCGCAGAGCUGAAAGGUGUGUGGUUCCAUUAGUACAAGCAGGGGAGGCAGAUCCAAAUGUGGCCAAAUAUUUAAACAGACUAAGCGACUAUCUCUUCGUUUUGGCACGUUAUGCUGCAAUGAAAGAAGGGAAGGAAGAGAAAAUAUAUAUAAAGUCUGAACCAUAAGUGGGAGUCAGGAUGUUGCUUUCCAGAUCAUGAAGAGCUAAAUCCAACAGACUGUUUUCCCCAGGCAAGAAAGGGAAGAGAAUCAGGCUGGACUGGGAAUGUGAGGUGGCCAAAAACUUCCAGCUAAUGUAACCAGGACCUUGUUCAUAAGUGCUAUAAGGAACACAGCUGUUCACUAGGCCUUGUCCAAGUGUCUCUUGUAGUAAUGGUGGCUUCAGAGUUAAUGUUUGCCCCAAACAAACUGAAGCAAAAGACUUCAAAUAACCACAGCUGAUUUCUUAGAGAUGUUUUAAUUACUCUGGACAGUGGCAGAUGCUAUGGGAAGACUUUGACAGGACUCUGAGGAAUGGAGAAGAGAAAAUAAUCAGCUUCUUUUUAAGUUGUAAUGCUCAUACAGAACAGCAACAGUGCAGAGAUUCAGGAACUCUGUCCACCAGCUCUGAAAUAAUAAAUGUGAUUUACUUGUACCAAAGGG